AUGACUGCCAUGCAUCGUCUCACCGGAAAACAACUUGAGAUUUGCCGAAACGCAGUUGAAAAAUCCAAGCAUACCACCGCAGAGGUCAAGUUUGAAAUAAUUAAAAGAAUCAACUGGUUAGAGAACAUCAGGAAGUUUUGGUGGAUCUUGAUCAAGUUCCUUAAACUUGAUACUGAUCAAAAUAUUUACGCCGCUAACGGCUCAUUUUACCGUUACAUUCAACGCAAGAAAUCAACGGAGGGGCAAGAAACUCCGGCGACUCCAGCGACGCCGGAGAUUAGCACAGGAAUGGUAUACGAAGGAGCAGAUGCAAUGCAAACUGACGGAGCUCCACCGUUGUACACCUACAUUUAUUCGGCAAUUGCAGCAAUGGCGGCUGUGUUUUUAUGA